UUUUGACAGCACCCCGGCAACAUCUUCCCCGAGCAACAUAGCACAGGCCUGGGCUGAUCAUCUUCCCCAUCUUCUACCUCAAACCUGUGCCUAUACAACCUCAGUCUUGUGCAUAACCCACAACGGACUGCCAAACACAAAGGUUACUUCAGGGGGUACCCAACGAGGAGAAAGUGUUUCAGUCUGUCCAGAGCCCAGCCUCCGCUUCUACUCAAACAACCUCGACGACACCGCGGCCUGGUGAUUCGUUUCAUUGAUAUCGUCCGAGACUCCAAGCGCACGAGGGCGGGACAAGGUCGCCUUGUACAUAUGUAUUUCGAGCAAUACGACGGUCUGCUGGGGUAGCAAAAGCAGACCAAGUCGGGCAACACAACAACGGUCAUCAUUCUUCAGUAUCCCCAUUCCCCUCUUUCUCCUCAUUUUUACUUCCCAGCCCGGCAUUGGCAAUCUGCCCCCCUCUGUCCAUUCGCGCUAAAGGUCCUCGAGGCCUUCUUACAGCCAAGACACCACCCAAAGAUCAUCAUUAUCAUCACUAUUGUUGUGUCAUUGGCGGUCAUCUUGCCUGUUCCUCCCCGCCCUCGUCAGGCUCGACCUCUUCUCGGCCUCGGUGCUUCUACAACGUGCCAUAGCCGUACGACAUCUCGGCCCUUUCUCCAUUGGCACUUCUUGACGCCAGCUGCAGUUGUGCGUAAACGGCCACUUUAUAGGUUACAGAAAGUGGGUUGAGAAAAGACACUACAACCGAAACUGGCAAUUCUCACAAAGGCGUGGGGUAAACACUCUCCAAAAAAGAGGACUGGUGAUCGGCAAGGUCUAAUACGGGGCUAUUAUUCAGGGCAGUUCGUUGCCCGAGCUUCUGCCUUCGUCCACCCGUUCACUGUUUGGCCCUCACCGGGAAAGAGGAAGGGUUGUGUCUGGCGAAAUAGCGUUGUUGUGCUACUCCGCAGUCUCAUCCUGUCAUCCAUCCCGCGCAAACAUACACUGCCCAACCCACAUCGACGGCGUCCCUUGAACUUCCACCGCCCGGUCUUGACUACUCAAGUCUACAGUUCCCAUUUAGACUUUCCCCUACCCCUCUCCUGACCCCAAAGCGGCCUGCGUCCAUCUCAGUCAGAAUCAAGUAGUACCCAUCCGGACUCCAAGUACACAAGGCAAACAACCCUGGCAUCAUGCUUUCCCAACAUUCCGUUGCCGUUGAGGCCGCUGGUUCCCUACCGGGAAGUCAUGCGCACGAGGCCGGAGAGGCCCGCCCCCAGAAGCCCAAGAAUUUACCGUGCAAAUUCUGUGCGAAGCGAUUCAGGCGCGUCGAGCAUGUUCAGAGACACGAGAGAACCCACACCAAAGAGAAACCUUUCGAGUGCGAAUGGGAAGGAUGUGGAAAGAGAUUCGGACGACGGGAUCUUCUCGUCCGUCACGAGAAGCUUUGCCAUCUCAACGAUGGGGCCAGCAACAACAAUCAUAACGCCAGCAGCAGCAGCAACAGCAGCAACAACAACAGCAACAACAAAAAUGCGAACCACAAAGAUGGUAACAAACGACGCAAAACGUCUUCGUCAAGCGUCGUGUCUCCACCUUCACUAGAGCAUCAUACCGAUAUUCAAAUGAAAACUCAGCAUCGGCCAGCAACGCAAUCUCAGUUCCCCAACGGCAGUAUGCAGCCUUCCAUGGCCUCGUCCAUGCCAUCUGACUCUAGGCUUCUAUCCAGAGGUCCGGCUUGCAAUCUUGAUCUGCUUUCCGAUGCAGCCACGCACCUUGCCUCCGGUGGUGAGGUCAACAACCUGCAGCACAUGCAGCCGACUAUGAUGCAAGGACUCUCACAACAGCAACCCGAUCUCCCUCCGGCCAAGUCUUACCAGGACUCCAUGUCUUUCGCAAAUCACAAUCCAAAGCAGGAACCUGGCGCUAUGAAUGGAGGAUAUUCUACGCAACCCCCGGGCUCCGAAUUUGACCCCCUUUUCAUGGAUGACUAUGCGUCAUCGCACGCUUUCCCUCAACUCUUCGACGGGGAAGCACCGUUUAGUAUGUGGUCUCGCCCUGGACUCGAAAACGGACUACGGGGUGGCCCCUCGAAGCCCAAUUCGACAUUUCCUUCGAGGUUUCCGUCGGUACAGCCGGAGCUUCGAGAUGGUCCAGACGGGAGUGCCAGACUGCAUGCUGAUACGAUGAAAGCAGCAAAUUUGACGAUUUCGGCAAAGGACCAUUCCGUCAUGAAAGCCAAGCUCGAUGAGUUCUCUUCGGUUCUGCCCAGCAACUUCGUAUUUCCUUCGCGCCAUACUUUGCAGAGAUUCCUGGAGGGCUAUUUCACUGGGUUCCAUGACCAUCUUCCCUUCAUUCAUCUGCCGACCUUUUUACCCGUGGAAGCUUCCCCUGAAUUGCUACUAGCCAUUACUUCCGUAGGUGCCCAGUACCGCUUUGAGCGAUCUAGAGGCCAUGCGCUCUGGUAUGCCGCCAAAGCUGUUGCCUUGGAACAGAUCCGACGACGAAAUAGUUACGAAGUGCAGGGCCUUCUACCGACUUCGGCGGCAUAUAGCCCCCAUUCCACGAGACCAUCACCGAGCUCAGGGUUUCGACACUCGUAUCCUUCUGUUCAUCGAGACCGCCCAGUCACUCAAGACACACACCGGGAGCCCUACUCCCCUAAUACCCCCCAGUCACGCCUCGAGACCAUUCAAGCAAUGCUUCUUCUUUUCGCUAUAGGUCUGUGGGGGGCCAAAGCCAUCCUCCACGAGGCACUGUCCCUGCAGAGCCAACUUGCCCUCUUGGUCAGGGAAGAGGGUCUCCAGGGCGAGCCCAACCAAGCGCCCGACUGGGAGAGCUGGGUACGCACCGAAUCAGCGACUCGAACGAAGCUGAUAGCAUACUGCUUCUUCAACCUCUGCAGUGUUGCGUACAACACGGUCCCCCUACUCCUUACAUCCGAGGUCCAGCUCUAUCUGCCCAAUGCCACUCGUUUGUGGAGAGCAGGAGAUGCGAACCAGUGGCAAGAAGUGCGACAAACCUCUCCCAAUACCGAAGUCCCUUUGCCAAUCGCGUUUUCUCGGUUGUUCAAUCGUGGGAUCCAGGGCCCGCCUCCACAACUCACGUCACUGGGUAACUACGUUCUUAUCCAUGCUAUCCUCCAGCACAUCUUUCUGCUCAAGCAGGCAACUUUUGCAACGUCCCUGGGAAUGCAGAGAGCCCUAAGGGGGCAGGAGAAUGAGGAUAUUUGUCAAGCGAUUCGAGUGUGGUUUCACAGUGUUGAGCAGCAACGACACGUAGAGGGGUUCGAUACGUGGGAUCCUGUCGACUCCAAUUCGGUGGCCUUGCACAGGGUGGCGUUCAUCAGGCUGAAUACGGACUUGAAUGCGAGUCGCCAUCUCGAAUCGCGUGCUUACAACGCCGCUGGGCGGGCCUAUGCGGAGGCACCGCUGCUUUUGCGUGGUAUGCUACUCAAUCGUGCAGUAUAUCAAGCUAUUCAGGCACUUAGCCCGCUGGUCAAGAUGGGUGUCAACUACGUGGCGAGGACCAAGUCGCCUGAAUGGGGGGUGCAACAUUCCAUGAGCAACAAUGAAUGCGCCGUCCUAAUAUCCAAAUGGCUCUUGACCCUCGCGUCCAUCGGCCCAACUGACCCGCCGAUCACAUCUGAAGAAAGCCAGCUCCUCGAGGGCCUCCGCCGCAUGUUAGACGAGACCGAGUUCGCCGUUCCCAUUGACCCGGCCAUCGGCGGAGGGGCACAACAAGAUCACAACCACCAGCAGAGGUCGACCGACGGGCCAGCUACCGACCCCACCAACCUUCGCCAGCUCGCGGCGGCCGUAGUCAGGUUAUGGGCCGAGACGUUUAGGGGCACUCAUAUCUUUGAGUUUGUGGACAUGAUGGGUUCUGGUUUGGAAACCUACGCGUAUCAUAUUGAGAAUCCAAGGGACAGGACGCCGUUGGCUAUGGGGAGGAUGGGUAACAAUCAUCAGAUGCAAAUGUAGUGAGGGGCAGCAUGAUUGACUGGUUUGGGAAGAAAUCUUUGGUAUAGGGAUGGGUGAACAAAGGGACAGAGGCUCGGUGUCUCUUUGUUUGGGGAAACAUUACACUGGCGGAAUGUCAUGGCGUUACCCGCCGGUCCGUGUGGGCGUUGAACAGGCGGUUUUGGAAAGAAAUGAGUGCUAACAUAGAAACCAUCAUAUUACUAUUCAGGUUGAUGUUAGAGAACCGCUAAUUCGAUUGGGGAGACACGGUUUCUUCGUAUAACGUAGAACUAUACUUGUAAGGCUCUGUUAUCGUCGGAAAGCCUUACACUCUACCUUUCAUCUAAGCAGGGCAGAGUCAUCUACGUUUGUCUCAAUC